AUGAUGGACCACAAUUUGUCAAAACCACCACCUCGCUCUCGAAGUGAAGUGACCAUCGCGGUACUUUGCGCUCUCAGCAAAGAGUUCAACGCCGUGGUAGCAGUAUUCGACGAAUCCUGGGAGUCCGCCCACUACGGCAAAGCACACGGUGACCCCAACACAUACACCAUCGGUCGUCUAGGCCCUCAUUAUGUCGUUGCUGUCCUCCUUGCUGGAAUGGGUAAGGUCCAGUCGGCGACGGCUGCUGCCGGCGUCCGCUCCAGUUUUGUUGGUAUUCGACUUGGACUUGUCGUUGGCAUAUGCGGCGGCGCACCCAAAACACCCGACACGUCCGAAGAAGAAGGUGACGAAAUCUUGCUUGGCGACGUCAUUAUCACGAAUAAACUCGUCCAGACUGAUUUCGGACGACAACUGCCAGAUGCUGUCUAUAUUAAAGACACACUCGACGACAGCCUCGGCCGCCAUUCUUCUGAAGUUCGCGGCUUCCUCAAAACCUUGGGCACUUUUCAGAUUGCAAGAGACCUCCGGAACGACACGGCACGUAACCUGACGGAUCUGCUUUCAGUCGAUGGGUUCGAGAAAUUUCGCCACCCAGGGUUUGCUCGAGAUAAACUGUUCCCAUCGGAGUACCGUCAUAAACACCACCAGGCUGGGAAAUGCUCCGUUUGCGACGGUAGUGACAGCGUUUCGGGGAAAGUCUGCGAUGUGGCUCUCAACAGCACAUGCGAGGCACUGGGCUGCGACGAAUCAGGUCUAAUGGUUCGCUCACGCCUUACCAGUCUGAAACAGAGCGAGACUAUGAAACCCGAGCACUACAAACCCGUCAUACACAUUGGUACUAUGGGAUCUAGUGAUCAGGUGAUCAAGUCGGCAUCCCACCGGGACAUGUGGACCUCGAGUCACCAGAUCAUUGGCUUCGAGAUGGAGGGUGCCGGUGUGUGGGACUCGUUCCCAACAAUAGUUAUCAAAGGAGUCUGUGAUUACGCAGACAGCCACAAGAACAAAUCCUGGCAGGGGUACGCAUCAGCAAGCGCCGCGGCUUGUCUAAAAGCUGUAUUGAGACGGUGGACGCCAGUAGACGAGCCAACGGCUCCUAUUGUUGACAUGGGUUCGUCCUCACACACUUAA